AUGGCAAGAAGAAUUUUAUCUUCUCUAAUCUUGAACUUCAUCUUUCUUAAUCUUUUCAAUUGUCAGCUUGUUUCUAGCUCUCAUUCAGAUAAUGAUGAUCGGAAGACUUAUAUCGUAUACAUGGGAAGAAAAUUAGAAGAUACGAGUUCUACUCCUUUGCAUCAUAGGACAAUGUUGGAACAAGUUGUUGGCAGCACUUUUGCUCCAGAACACUUGCUCUAUAGCUACAAGAGAAGUUUUAAUGGAUUUGCAGUGAAAUUGACUAAAGAAGAAGCUCAAAAGAUUGCUCUUAAGGAGGGAGUGGUCUCUGUGUUUCCAAAUGGAAAGAAACAUGUUCAUACAACAAGAUCAUGGGAUUUUAUGGGUUUUACACAAAGUGUUCCUCAUGUAAAGCAAGUGGAAAGCAACAUAGUUGUCGGAGUACUAGACACCGGAAUUUGGCCGGAGUCUCCUAGUUUCAAUGACGCAGAUCUCGACCCUCCACCGGCCGGUUGGAAGGGUGAAUGUCAAAUCUCCCCUACCUUUCAAUGCAACAGAAAAAUCAUUGGAGCUCGAUUAUAUCGUAGUGAGAACUUUUCCCCAGAAGACAUUCAAAGCCCAAGAGAUUCUGAAGGCCACGGCACGCACACCGCGUCCACAGUGGCCGGUGGUCUUGUGAGCCAGGCAAGCCUCUAUGGUCUUGGCUUUGGCACGGCAAGAGGUGGGGUUCCCUCGGCUCGCAUUGCUGUGUAUAAGAUAUGUUGGUCCGAUGGGUGCUACGAUGCCGAUAUUCUUGCAGCAUUUGACGAUGCAAUUGCCGACGGUGUCGAUAUCAUAUCUCUUUCAGUUGGAGGGAGUGAACCCAAAUCUUACUUCAAUGAUUCCAUUGCAAUUGGAGCUUUUCAUGCAAUGCAACAUGGAAUAUUGACAUCAAAUUCUGCUGGAAAUGAAGGUCCUGAAUACUUCACCACCUCAAACAUCUCUCCAUGGUCUCUCUCUGUGGCUGCAAGCACCAUGGAUAGAAAGUUUGUGUCACAAGUGCAGCUUGCAAAUGGAACUAUCUAUCAGGGGGUUGCAAUCCAUACAUUUGAUCUUAUGGGAAAACAACAUCCUUUGAUUUAUGGUGGAGAUGCACCCAACAAAGCUGGUGGUUUCAAUAGUUCCACUUCCAGAUUUUGUGACGAAAAGUCGGUAGAUCCGAGCUUAGUGAAGGGAAAAAUCCUUGUUUGCGACUCCUUAUUACGAGCUUCAACAAUGGAAUCGUUCAAUAAUAAUGGUGUAGUAGGCAUUAUAAUGCAAGGAAGCCGGUUGAAGGAUUACGCUAGCUCUUAUCCAUUGCCUGCUUCCUAUCUCCACAAUGAAGAUAUUAAACUCUCUUCAACAGCUACUAUUUUUAAGAGUAAUGCAAAUUUGGAUGCUUCUGCUCCUUCUGUAGUUUCUUUCUCUUCAAGAGGACCCAAUCUUGUAACUCUCGAUAUUCUCAAGCCGGAUUUGACUGCACCGGGAGUUGAAAUUCUAGCGGCAUGGUCUCCGAUUGCACCGGUGUCGGGAACUGCAAGAGAUACAAGGAGUGUGCUUUAUAAUAUAAUCUCAGGAACGUCGAUGUCUUGUCCACAUGCCACUGCCAUUGCUGUGUACGUCAAAACCUUUCAUCCUACUUGGUCUCCUGCUGCGAUAAAAUCAGCUCUCAUGACAACAGCUUUUAGCAUGAAUGGCAAAGUGAAUCCACAAGCAGAGUUUGCAUAUGGAGCAGGCCAUAUUAACCCACUCAAGGCAAUAAAUCCAGGCUUAGUUUACAAUGCAAGUGAAACGGACUACAUUAAGUUCUUGUGUGGCCACGAAGGUUACACCACCGACAUGGUUCGACAUAUUACCGGCGACAACACUGCUUGUACUCCCACCAACUCUGGUCGAGUUUGGGAUUUAAACUAUCCUUCUUUUGCACUUUCCACAACUCCUUCACAAUCCAUCAACCAAUUCUUCACAAGAACUCUCACAAAUGUUGAAUUCAGAACAUCCUUAUAUAGUGCUAUGGUUUUUGCCCCACCAAGCUUGAGAAUCACAGUGGAACCUCCUCUCCUUUCAUUCAAUGGAAUUGGAGAUACCAAAUCUUUCAAGUUAACUGUUCAAGGAACAGUGAGUCAAGCCAUAGUCUCAGCUUCUUUGGUGUGGACUGAUGGUGUGCAUCAAGUGAGAAGCCCUAUCACAGUCUAUGUUGUCAAUAAAGCUUAG